AUGAGGGCCAUUCUGACUUUAGUGGAGCCGGUGGUUGUCAUCAAUAAACUGGGAACAUCCUUCUUUGACAUGGCCCUCACACAGACCGUGUACAACCAGUCACUGAAGGCAACAGCAGGAGACAGCGAUCAGGCACAGGCGUUAUCCUCACGCUUUCUUCUUAUUCAGAGUGUGUUGUCCUCUGUGGCGGCCAUGUUGUCCAUUAUACCAUUGAGCCGCAUGGCAGACCGUCAUGGACCUAAAGUCUUCCUGGUGGCCUCUCAAAUGGGUUCGGUUUUGGGCAUGUUUACGCUUGUCAUCUUUAUGUACUGUGAAGUUCCUCUGGAGUUUCUGUACUUGGGUUCUUUGCUGCAUGGUUUGAGCGGAGGCGGGCCGAUGUUCUGGGCCGGGGUGGCGGCUUUGGCAUCUCUGAGCUCGGAGCAGGGCAAACGCACUCUUAAACUCAACAUCGUGGACUUCUGUUUUGGGGUCGCAGGAGUCGUGGGAGGCCUCCUGUCUGGAUAUCUGUACCAGAUGGGACCAUCAAUUCUCCUCCUGACAGCAAUUCUAGUCAGCGUUGUGGCAUUACUGUACUCUGUGUUUGCCCUCACUGACUCGAGACAUUCCCUAUCCGAGAGUGAGCCAUUGCUGGCUGAAUACGAAAAUGGGAAAACGAUGGAUCGAGUCUCUGUAGGCAUGCUGAUGUCAGCCAUGGUGUUGUUCAUACUAGGCAUGGUGGGGGCAGAAAAUGUGCUCCAGCUGUAUUUGCUGAAGCCCCCCCUGAGCUGGGACUCAAUUUGGGCCGGAUAUGGCAGAGCCGCCACCAGCGCCAUGUACCUGAGUAGUUUCAUAGGGGUCCUGGGUCUGUUCAAAGUGUUGGGAGACACAGCCCUCACUCUACUGGGUAUUGUGUCCAACUGUACUGGGAUGGCAAUCAUGGCAUUCACUGUAGAAAGCUGGGUCUACUUCCUGGCUAGAGGGAUCAUGAUGUUUGCCUGCGUUCCCAUGCCAACACUGCGAGCCAUGUUGUCCAAGAAUCUGCAUCCUCAGCAAUAUGGGCGAGUCUUUGGGCUGCUCCAGCUGGUUCUAGCUGUGACUGAUCUCUUGUCCAAUGUCUUUUUCACCUCCAUUUACCCACUAACUCUCGGCUGGUUCAGUGGCUUCUGCUUCCUCCUCUCCUGUGCUAUUAGUUACAUCAGUGCUGUCCCGAUCAUGUAUGUAAAUCUGUCGUUAAAAGACAACAGCAAAAGUUCUUUUGGUGGUUUCUUCUCAGAUCAUGCAGAGUAA